AUGUUAUCUAUAUUUGCUCUAUUUGAUCAGCCAGGAAACCUUGAUUUUUGAAGCGAUUUAUCAAACUCAAACUGUACAGUUAAUUCAAGCAUACUUAUAAAAGGAUUUUUGACAGAACUGACACCAAAAAAUACGUUUAAAGAACGAUAUUACUGCCUAUCAAAUUUUUCUUUUUUAAGAGCAAAAACUGAUAAUCAGCCAUUUACGAAGGUUUCUUCGCUAAAGUGGAAGGUAAUUGAGCCUUUCAUUGAAGAAGGCAGCAAAAGCAAAAAGUAUGGCUUCAGGGUUACCCAAGGUGCAUUAUGCCGUCACUUUUACACCAAUUUCCCAGAUGAUCUUGACAAUUGGCUUACUUGUUUAUCAAAAAUUGGAAUAAUGACUGAUAUAAAAAAUGACUAUGAUUUUAAAAAAGUCUUAGGAGCUGGAACUUUUGCUCAGGUUUACCUAGCUACACAAGUAGAAACUUCCCAAGAUUACGCUGUAAAGUCAAUAGAAAAAGCUUUAAUUCAAACCAAAAAAAAUUUUCUAUUAUAGGCUCUCCCUAUGUUUCCCGUCGUCAUUGUGGACUUAUUAUUACCGAAAUUUGUUAGUAAAACAAUUCAGAGAUGGCAAGCCCAGUUUUCCAUAAGUUUGUCGUGCUAAGCUCCCCAAUAAUUUCGCGAUGCAUCGAUUAGCCCGAGUCAAAAAUAGGCUUGAGGUAUAUUAGUAAACGAAAUAGAGAUUUUAAGAACCCUGAAUCACCCGAAUAUAAUCAAGCUUCAUGGCAUAUAUGAAUCUGAACACCAUGUUCAUAUGGUUCUUGACUACGCACAAGGUGGCGAUUUACUUCAUAGGAUUUUAAAUAAAGGCCCUUUAACUGAAGAGAAUGCUGCUAAAUUGAUGAGAAAUCUUCUAAAAGUGCUUGAAUAUUUACAAACGAAAAAUGUUGUUCAUAGAGAUAUUAAGCUAGAAAACAUAUUAUUUGUUUCUGAUAAUAACGACUAUAAAAUAAAACUCACUCCCCCCCCCUUUAAAAUUGGAACUUAAAAUUUUGUUCCAAUUUGAAGGGGGGUAAGAAAAUUUUUUAAAAAAAAAAAAUCAUUAUAAAAUUUUUUAUAAAAAAAAAUUUUAUAUAAAAUUUAAAAAAAAAAAAAAUUUCAAAAAUUUAUCGAAUUAGAUUAAUAAAUUUGUUUAAUAAAAUGCUAUUUACUCUUUAUCCUUUAAAACAAAGCAAGAUAUAACUAAAAUUUUAUUAUUAAUUAAUACGCCACUAUUAAUUGGUAUCAAAACUAUUUACACAAAAAUUAUUAUUUUUAUUGAUAAAAAAAAAAUAAAAAAAAAAAUUUUAGAAAAAUUUAUUAAUUAAAGUGUUAAUUUUGUUUAAAUAAGAUGUUAUUUUAUACUCAAUUCUUUAAAAUAAAGCAAGAGAUAAGUAAAUUUUGAAUUUUUGUAAAGAAUUCAUAUUGAAUUUAUAUCAAAGCUAUUUAAAUAAAAAAUAUCAUUUUUAUCUAAAAAAAUAAAAUUUUUUUAAAAAACAAAAAAACCCAAUUUUUUUAAAAAUUUACAAUUAAGGAUAAUAAAUUUAUUUAAAUAAGAUGCUCUUUAUACUCUAUUCUUUAAACAAGAGCAGGAUACAACUAAAUUUUUAAUUUUAGUUAAGAAGAAACAUUUAAAUUAUAUCAAAACUUUUUACAUAAAAAUUAUGAUUUAUAUAUAUAAAAUUUUUUAUUAUAAAAUUAAAUUUUGUUCCAAUUUAAAGGGGGGUUAAUUUACCAAAAAAGUGGAAAUUUUACCUAUAUUUUGUUCCAAUUUAAAGGGGGGGGGAGUCAGUGAUUUCGGGCUUGCAUGCUUUAUAGAUGCUGAUCUUACACAAAGUUGCGGAUCCCCUGGAUAUGUCGCUCCAGAAAUACUUAAAAGAAGACCUUAUGGGUCGAAAGUUGAUAUUUUUAGUGCUGGCGUAGUUUUGUAUAUACUUUUAUCUGGAAGAGCACCUUUUUCCGGUAAAACCCAAAAAGAAACUUUAAUUAGAAAUAGAGAUUGCUCUAUAUUAUUUCCUAAAGAAUUUUGAAAGAACAUUUCAAGGCAAGCAAUAGACGCUAUUUUGUUUCUUGCAAGGUCUCAACCUAAAAUGAGGCCAAAUGCAAAGGAAGCUCUUGGAUGUGAAUGGUUUAAAAAAUAUUUCCCGAAUAUAAAUGCGAUGAGGAAAACUGCUUCUCUUUCAAACUUACAAGUUCAGCUAUUAACAAAAUUUGAAGUCUCUGUUAAAGAAAUAAUAAAGCAAAGACGCCACAGCUGCUUUGAAAGUAACUCAAAAAUAAAAAAGCCUUUAGAAAAGAGUGCAUCUUUUAAAAGAAAUAUUGUUUCAAAACCUUAG